AAGCACCAACCAUUUUUGAGACUUGUUCCUCUGGCUUCGCUGGGUCAGGCGGGCAGAGGCGGUUCUGACCGUUGGGACUUGGGCGUCGAGCAGGACUCACCUGAGGCGGAGAGAGGCAGCUUCGCGCCUGGAGCUCCCGAAAGCGGCAGGCUCUCCUCCUCCUGCUCCUGAGCAGGAAGGGCUGCGGCUCCUGCGGACUGCGGGAGACCCUUCCACGAUCCCGGGUGGGAAAACCACACUGAGCUCCCCGGGAGGUUCCCAGAUACAGUACUGUACUGCAUGCCUAGCUGUGUGAUCCUGAACUGUGCUCUGAUGCUCUUUGUGCGUGGGCUUGCUCAUCUUCCCAUUGAGAUCAUGAUAUCCACUUUUCAGGAGUUUUUUUUUAGGUGUUAGAAAUGGAGUCAAUAUAUCUUCAAAAGCACCUUGGGAGGUGUUUAACUCAAGGUCUUGCAGAAGUGGCAAAAGUUCGCCCAGUGGAUCCAAUAGAAUAUUUGGCAUUGUGGAUUUACAAGUUUAAGGAAAAUGUGACCAUGGAACAACUGAGACAAAAGGAAAUGGCUGAGCUGGAGCGUGAAAGAGAAUUAGCUCUGAUGGAGCAGGAAAUGAUGGAGAGGCUCAAAGCAGAGGAGCUCUUAUUUCAGCAGCAACAGCUGGCAUUGCAGCUGGAAUUGGAAAUGCAAGAAAAAGAGAGGCAGAGAAUAGAAGAACUACAGAGAGCUCAAGAACAAUUAGACAAGGAGAUGAGAAUGAAUAUGGAAAAUUUAGUUAAGAGUGAAGAUACUCUACAUUCAGAGGAAGCAACACCAGACUCAGGCAAAACACUAGCUGAAAUCAGUGAUCGUUAUGGAGCACCUAACUUGAGCAGAGUGGAAGAACUUGAUGAACCAAUGUUUUCUGAUGUUGCAUUAAACAUGGAUCAAGAUUUGUAGGAUCAACCAACCUAAGAGCAAUAAAUGUUUUUGUUGGUUUCAAAUUUCAAAUCAUGAGGUUCCCAAUUUGUAUUUCUUUUUCCUUCAAACUUGAACUCUACUUUUAUUUUUCCUCUAAGGACAGUUUAUGAAUGAGCUUCAAGAGUAGCCUCAAAGUGCUAUUUUGGAUCUGUCAAUUCAACUGAUUAUUUAUAUGAUUCCAUUGGGAAAAUAGGAGAGUUUGCUGAAGCAACCAAAAGAGGCAAA